AUGGCGAUGUACUUGGCACAACUAGCCCUGCUGCUCACGACGGCUUCGCUCCUGAGUGCUCGGGAACUGUUUUCGAAAAGGGUUGGAUCGCGAAUUGUAAAUGGACAAGAAAUUGACAUAUCAGCGGUGCCCUGGCAAGUUGCGUUGUUGAAACUCGACCGUCCUCAUUGUGGUGGCUCCAUUUACAGCGCAGAUAUCGUCAUAACUGCAGCCCAUUGUAUUAAUGAUAAAAUAGUACAUUUUUCAGUACGAGCAGGUUCUUCAAACGCAUAUGAGGGUGGCCAGGUAAUGGCGGUGGAUUCCUUUCGGGUCCACGAACACUUCUCUUGGAAAACCUUGGGGAACGACAUCGCUGUAGUUUGGCUGGCUGAACCACUUGAGCUGGGAACUUUAGUGCAACCGAUUCGCUUGGCGACACAGAGUCCCCCAAAUGAAGCACCUGCUUAUGUGUCAGGCUAUGGCUAUACGGGAUAUGAAAACCCAGCCCAUUUGAAUGGUGUGGAUCUGAAAAUUGUGGGUUAUGAGCAAUGUAAAAAGUCCCAUAUGGGUCCGUUACUUUUGAAAGGUAUGAUCUGCGCCUUCGGAGAUUCGAAAGAUGCAUGCCAGGGAGAUUCUGGCGGACCCCUGGUAUCUGAGGAUCAACUUGUUGGCAUUGUCUCUUGGGGCGUUGCCUGUGCUGAUCCGAAAUACCCAGGAGUCUACUCCAAUGUUGCAUAUUACCAUGACUGGUUGCUGAAAACCAUAGAGUCAUCAGAAGCAAAUCUGAAACAUAUAUAACAAGCAAGAAAGCUCUAUUCGGGGUGCCCAACUAGGAGAUACCCUGGUCCCAGUCCUAUCAGCGCUUUUUAAUAUUGUCCGUAGUUUGUAUAGAGUAUUCAAAAAAAUAAAAACAAAUAAAAAACGACAUUACGAGUCCAGGAUUCGAA